UCGCUUGCGCUCGCACCUUCGUCCCGCGAUAUUUACGUUAAGUGAGAGUGAUAUUUUCAAGUGUUGUCUGAGGUGAUGACACCUUACAUGAGUGACUUAAUUACUUUGUAGGACGUUGUGAGGUACUGAUUGACGUGGCAGUGAAAAUGCGAGUGACCUAGCGUCUCACUAUGAAGACCGCGCACCUCGUGCUGACACUGACGUGCGUCAUCUCGUUCACUUGCACCCAUGCCAAAAUAGGUUAUUUUUGGCACAUCACGGACUUCCAUUAUGAUCCGCUGUACACGUCACAGGGCGACACUAGAAGACACUGUCGGCGAGCAGACGAGCGCGGCAGUUCGGGCCACCACCGCGCGCUGGGCCGCUUCGGCGACUACUCGUGCGACAGCUCGCUCGAGCUGAUCGAGUCCGCGGCGCGCCACAUGCGCACACGACACUCCGAGAACGUCGAGUUCGUGCUGUGGACGGGGGAUAUCAUAGCAUCCCGGUACGGCAGCGACGAAGAGCGGUACCAGGCGAUAAGGAACAUGACAGACCUAAUGGGCAGAACCUUCAGCUCGCACUUCGUGUUCCCGGUACUGGGUCACCUGGACCCGGCGCCGUCGGAGAACCUGACCAACCUCUGGGGGCAUUGGCUGCCGCUUGAGGCUUUGCAGACUUUUAAGAAUGGUGGCUACUACACAAUAGAGCAGUCACACAGCAAGCUUAGGAUAGUUGCACUGAACACCAACCUGUUCAGUGUCCGGGAAUCGAACGGCGGACCCGCCCAGGCGCAGUGGGAGUGGCUCAACGCUGUCCUCGAGAAGGCUGCGUCUCAUAGUGAAAUGGUGUACAUAGUGGGUCACGCGGCGCCCGGGUCAGACUCGCGGCACGCGUACGACGCGCACGCCACGGGAGCCAACGCUCAAUACCUACGCACCGUGCGUCGGCACGCUCGCAUCAUCGCCGGACAGUUCUUCGGGCAUCUACAUGCUGACACCUUCCGCGUCAUCUACGAUAACGAUCGGCCUGUCUCGUGGGCACUGCUGGCGCCGUCCGUGAGUCCUCACCGGGAGCCGGCUGGGGCCUCCAACCCCGGCCUUAGGCUUUAUAAGUUCGACACGAACACUGGGAAGGUGUUGGACUACACUCAAUAUUACCUAGACUUGGCGGCCGCCAAUCGCGCCGGGGCAGCCGAGUGGACCACGGAAUAUAACCUCACUCAAUACUACGGCCUGCAAGAAGUCUCAGCAGACGCGCUCCACAAUCUGGCCGACAAGCUGCGGAUAGGCUCGCCACACGAGACCAUGGCUUUCAACAAAUACAUCCGCGCGUACAGCGUGAAACACGACAGCUCAGAGUGCGACGGCGCGUGCGCCCACCAGCAUUUCUGCGCGAUCACCUGCCUCGAGCUGGCCGCGUACCGCCAGUGCGUGGAAGCAGCGGCCAGCGCCCUCGCCGCCGCCAAGCGCGCCGCUUCGCUCGAGGCACCCAUCGCUGUAAUGCUGGUUUUGUUCAUGUCCAUACUUAAAUUUCUAUAAGAGCUUUGAGAUCUCAAUCGAUUUCGAUAGUCUUAGGAUGUGACAUCUCUACAAGAGCCAAGCUCAAGUUUUACCAGAUGAUAAGUUAAGUUAGCAGUUCUGUGCCCUCCCAUAUGAGGUUAUCUUCAAACCAUUACUUACCGGAUUUUAGACCGUUGUCAUCUCUGAUGAUAGACAAACAAAAAAAUAUUGAGCUAACCGUAUGCUGAGAUAACGCGUAUUCUCGAACAAUAGAUUAAAUCGAAUAUAAAAUACGGCGUAUGAAAACACUAUAAUAGAUACAUUAGGCCCACAAUCAUGUUUCAAAAGAAAAGCAUUUCAACUGCAUUCUUUUUCUUAAUAAGCGUUGAUAUAUUUAGCAAACGAAUAUAGUCAGUUUACUUAUUAUAGGUACUUUACUGAAAUUACCGCUGGUCGAAGGUAAACUAUUCUCGCGCGUGUAUAGAAAAACAAACUUUACUCGCCCGGGUGAACUUUUUCAGAAACGAGUAGAGAGCCAAGUAAAUACGCUCAGAUGGCAAUUUGUGAUAUUGCUAAAUAUUGAAAUAAGUCAUUAUAUGUAUUUCUAAACGUACCUAUUUUAUACAUUAGUAUAAGUAAGUAAACAAUUUUACCUAGUUACGGAAUGUAUGUAUAUGUCCGCAGUACUUCGAUAUUUAAAAUGUUAAUAGGGUACCUAUUAUAUUAUUGUUGUAUGAGACCUGUAAACUAAAUGAUUUGAAUUGAAUUUGAUAUUGAAUAAUCCAUAUUUAGGAGAGGCAAAAAUGAAUUCUAAAUGUAAUUAUUGUUAGUAAAUAAACAUUAUUCAAAAUUCCGUUUCUAUAUUUACUGCUUAGUAAAUUGAUAGCCGAUCAUUAUCAUGUUCCCAGAAUCUAUUUUUAGAGUAAACAAUGGACAUUAGUGCGUGAUUUUCAUUUGUUUACAUAAAGUAAAUUAAACCGAUAGACAGCUGUAAUUAUAGAGUAUUCACGCUAUUGUUUGGUUUAAUUAAUGGAUAUAGGCUUUAAUCCCCACAUGCGUGUGCUUGACACAAUCUUUAUAUAAUUAAAGAGUUAUACAGGAUGUUCCAAGACUAUGAGGCAUGAAGUGAAAAUACCUUAUAUUAUUUAUAACUCAAAUUGUUCCUUUCUUUUAAAAUACUAUAUUAAUUAAGAAAACUUUUUUUUGUUCGUUCUUUCUAUUAGCAUCAUAAAAUUGGAGGUUGAGAAGUGAAGUUUAUUCGAUUCCCAGAGGAAGCAAGUAAUUUUUAGAAUAUCUUUAAAUGCAAUAUGACUAACUUUUAAAAAUAACAUGGUCGUCCUUCAGUAAGUUAUCCUACCAACCACUAUCCAACUUUCAAAUCUAGGGUGAACAGGCAUCUUCUGGGCGAGCUCACUCCAUCGUAGGCCACGUCUUUGCCUUUGGCUAGUCUGUGGCCAAAAGUAAGCCCAUGUAAAAAAAAAACUACGGUAUUUAAAGUACUUUCCCGUCAUGUUUAGUAAAUAGAUUCACUGUCAAGUCACAAGUCUGCUAAUAAACCAAGUGACACAACAUCGGUGUCCAUGUUUGUUGAAAUGUAAAUAUGAUGUAACUAGUCAUAAUUCUUGCCCUAUUUUUAAUGUUGGAUAUUUUACGUGCCAGUUUCAAAAUGAGUACCUAACGUGUUACUUAAUUAUAAUUUUAAAUCCAUACAUUUAGGUAAGAAACUAUCAUGUAUGACUAAAUUAUAUUAUUUCAUAAUUUUAAUCCACGUUUUUAUAACAUAUUUUCUUCAGUUAGCGCGGUAGUUACUCAUGAAAUAAUAGAAUAAAAACUGAUUAUAUCAUGUAUAAUUAAUUUAUAACACAUUCGGGUGAUCCAAACCCUCUACAGAGUUCGUGGUCAACAGCGUGCGUAGCCGAAUGCAAAACGCUCACGAAACGCUCGUAGAUAUCUAUCUCUAUCGCUCUUGCUUAUUGGCGCGACAGAGCCAGACUACCUUUCGCGGCGUUUCGUUUUCGUUUCGCUUCGUAGAAAUUCCAUUCGGCUACGGGGUCAGGUAACUGAGAAAAAAAUUAUAAGUGAUAUAAUCAUUUUCGAUUUCUUCAGUUAUAUUCCAGGUUAUGUUCUAUAAUAUUUUUAACUACAGGUUAAUAUUUAAAAUGUUUUUAUAUUACUUAGUGUUCUAAGGUAGUGUAUUUAACAGAAAUAGUGUUUAGGUUCAUUUGGCAUGCGAUGCUUGGAGGCAAAUGUGAUUUUAUCAUAAGUAUUUGUACGUUAAGUAAAUAUGAAAUGGCAGAUCUGAACCGUGUACAUACUUAUCUAAAUUAGAAUCGUAGGUCUAAAACUGUAAAUGAGGAACAAUUAGUUCUAAGUAAUCUAAGGCUUUUUUUGCGUUUAACAUUUAUAAGCAGCUGUGGAAAUAUCUGUUGGUAAUAAUAUUUCUUUGCAAGUUUAUGGUUACUUAGUUAUACCAAAAUUAUUUAGAGUAAAAAAUGACAGAUUUUACUGCCAAAAAUAUUACCGAUGGAUGUUGUUUUGAAUAUUUAUUUAUUUUCCUAACCGUUCACCAUCAGACGGGCUGAGUGUCUUUUAAAAUAACGUUAUUAAAAUAAUGGACAUUUUAUUAUACUUACCUAUUACCUAAAUUUGGUGCAAAAGUUAUCCAUAAUCAUCCAAAGGGGUAACGCCAUAAGUAUUAUGGGUACUUUUGCGCCAGAAACGAUAAGGAGCGGGGUUUAAUAGUUAGUUUAUUUGUAAAUAUUUAUUUUAAGUUACCUUUUAUUAAAAUGUUUUAUGUUUCAAAUUUAUUGUUAUAACCUUAAAAUAAAUAAAUAAAUUACCUAAAUAUUUUAAUGAAAUAGCUUUUAAAACCUGAUCUCACCAACACAACGUUUUAUAUUUAAGUUUAAUACAGUCGAAGCAAAAUAACUUGGAAAACGCAGAUGGAAGUUAAAAGUUUCCGAAUUGUUAUUAAAAUUUCGUGAUUUAUGCUUUGUAAACGGAAGGGAAAUAAAAUGUUGAAGUGAUUUACAUCUUUCUCGUGCGAGAGGAUUCAUAACUUUCCGCACUCGAGUGCCGGGCCGGUGCUCGGUGCUCGUAGUAGAUUUGGUUCUGCUUUAUCGUAAUAAAUAAAUAUAAUGGAUGUUCCCGUGUCUAUUCUGCUGGGUGUCUUGAUAAUUAAUUUUUGAAUAAAUGACUGUAAUCAAA